CCCAGCGGAAGACGUCUGGAACCAUGCUGAAUGUUUACACCCUCACAGAUCACAGCUGAAGCAGACCGUGUGAAGUAACUGAUCUCUGGGUUGUGGCGCUGGAUCCUCGCAUGGUGUGUUGUCCCAGUCUCCAGUGAUGAAACUGAAGGAGUUGGAGAGCUGUCUUCAGCAGGUGGACGGGUUUGACGAACCCAAAAUCCUUCUGGAGCAGUAUCCUACCAGUCCUCAUAUUGCAGCAUGCAUGCUUUCCACUAUCCAGAACACAUUCGGGGACAUUGAGGGCAGAUUGGUGGCAGAUCUGGGAUGUGGCUGUGGUGUCCUCAGCGUCGGAGCUGCGUUGCUUGAUGCAGGUUUGUGCAUUGGCUUCGACAUUGACGAGGACGCACUGGAAAUAUUCAGAGGUAAUGCAGAGGAAUUUGAGAUUUCCAACGUGGAUCUGGUCCAGUGUGAUCUCUGCUCUCUGGACCCAGAUGCUUAUGCCUCCAAGUUCGACACCGUAAUAAUGAAUCCACCGUUUGGGACAAAACACAACCAAGGGAUGGACAUGAAGUUCCUAAAGGCUGCUCUAACAAUGGCAAAGACAGCAGUGUACUCACUUCAUAAAACAUCAACACGAGAACACAUACAAAAGAGGGCCAAGGACUGGGGAGUUACGAUGGAAGUAUUAGCAGAGCUGAGAUACGACUUGCCAGCCUCUUAUAAGUUCCACAAAAAGAAAUCGGUCGACAUCCAGGUGGAUUUCCUUCGAUUCUCCAAAGCCUGAAGCUUUCACUGGAAUGGAUUUAAGUUGUCUCUGCAUUUUAACUGUUUAUAAUAAAUGUUUCCACAAAAGAAAAAAAUAUCUGGUUGAGAUCGUGUGACUAAGAUCCGUUUUCAGUUUUGAUGACCUUUGCUGGAGGACCGUCUGUAUCUUCUCGUUCUCUCUUUGGGGCAACGGGUGCUGGAGAAGAAACGCAAAGUAAAUACAUUUUUAAAAGUCUAUAAUUAUCUUGCCAUAACAGAUAAGGAAGUACUUGAGAUGCUGCACUCACCAUCAUCUUCAUCACCACUAUCAAAUCUCUCCUUUUUGCCUUGGUACCGACCUCUGCUUCCAUCCCGUCCACCUCUUCCCCUUCGUCCUCCUCUUCCUCCUCCACCUCUUCCUCCUCCACCUCCUCGUCCUCCUCCUCCUCCUCUGCCGCCUGAUCUUCCUCUACCACCUUUAAGGCCAACAAGAUGCAUCAGUACAAACUAAUCAAUACUGUUAUUAACAGAUGAUCUUAUAUAUUUAAUUGAUUUACAAAUCAUUCAGUUGGGAAGUUUAGUAUUCACCUCUACCCCUGGACCUGCUGUAAGAUUCUUGUUGAGCUUCGAUGAUCUUCUUCAGCUCCUCUUUCUCCUCGUCUCCCUCAAGCACCUCCCAUGUAACACUGUUGUUCUUGAUUUUUAGCUCUCCUUUGUUUGCCUCCUUGGCCUUGUCAAAGGCCUCCUUUGCGUCUCCAUCGAAAAGAAGGGUACCCUUAUUUGGAAGGUAAAUAAAAACAUUUUAACAACCCACUCUCUUCAUACUGAGUUCAAGGCUGUGAGUGGUGCAGAUUUUAUUUACCUCUUUAGCUCCUCGCGUAAAGUCCACCCAUUUUAUCUUUCCGUGCCCUGAGAACAGUUCAUGAAAGUCCUCUCGGGAAACUUCUUCGAGCUCCCCUUUAAACUUCAACAAGCACCCUGUCUGUUCGUCCAGGAGCAGACCCUGCAACACAAAUAACAAUGUAUUAUUAAGGUGGCCAUAACACGUUUGUAUGAGUCCAUCGCAGUGGCAUAAUAUAAGGUGAUAGAACUUGAGGGGAUCUUACCAUUUCUUUAUCUUCUGUAUUUUUCUGCAGUUGCUCCUUGUCUCUAAAUAAUAUAUUUGACAGAAAUUUAGUUUUUAUAAACUGAAUACUAGGACAAAAUUGUAUUGCAUUGUACUUACUGUUUUGCUUUUGCCUUUGACUCUUGUUUGAACUGUUUUCGCUCCUCAGCCUUCUUUGCAUGGUAGUCUUCCCUGAAAACAUAACAGCAAUCAAAUGAUUACUGUCUUAAGUAAUUAAUCUAUCUGGGACAUUAAUCUGUUACUCUAGAUCUUUGGAUCAUCUUAAGUGCAUUUUACCCGUACAAAUAUAUUUGAAACAUAGUUUCUCAAUAAAAAGGUGAUUACUUCCUGGUGAACUCUA